CAACAGAAGAAGAAGAAAGAAGAAAGGAGAGGAACCAUGACAGAAAACACCAAAACGCACGUCAUCCUGCUGUCCUGCGGCAGCUUCAACCCCAUCACCAAGGGACACAUCCAUAUGUUCGAAAAAGCCCGAGAAUAUCUGCACAAAACGGGUCGCUUCAUCGUGAUCGGAGGAAUCAUCUCGCCGGUGCACGACUCCUACGGGAAACCUGGUUUAGUCCCCAGCAGACAUCGUCUCACCAUGUGUCAGCUGGCUGUCCAGUCCUCUGAUUGGAUCAGGGUGGACCCCUGGGAGUGUUACCAGGACACCUGGCAGACCACCUGCAGCGUGCUGGAGCAUCACCGCGACCUGAUGAAGAGAGUCACCGGCUGCAUUCUGUCCAACGUCAACACGCCGUCGACGACUCCUGUGAUUGGUCAGCCACAGAACGAGACUCCGCCCAUCUACCAGAACCACAACAACAUAAAUCAUAAGCCCACAGCCAUCAAACUGUGGGGGAAGAUCAGUGAGAAUUUGGGGAAGAUCUGCUGCGUUCGCCCUCACAUCGAACGCUUCACCUUCGUCGAUGAAAACGCAAACCUGGGCACCGCCAUGAGAUACGAGGAGAUCGAGUUACGCAUCUUGCUCCUGUGUGGCAGUGAUCUCCUGGAGUCCUUCUGCAUCCCUGGCCUGUGGAAGGACAGUGAUAUGGAGGUGAUCGUGGGAGAUUUUGGGAUCGUGGUUGUUCCUCGUGAUGGAGCCGACACAGAGAAGAUCAUGAAUCACUCCUCCAUUCUCCGCAAGUUCAAGGACAACAUCACCGUGGUGAAAGACGGUAUGAGCCACCCGAUGUCCAUCGUCAGCUCAACCAAGAGCAGACUAGCCCUGCAGCACGGGGACGGCCAUGUUGUGGACUACCUGAGUCAGCCCGUCAUUGACUACAUCCUACAGAGUCAGCUCUACAUCAACGCCUCUGGAUAGACGCAACAGCCUGCCUGCAAGGAAACCCCAAAACAUCCUUCUUUGUCUUCUGUGUCAAACAUAUACUCUUCUUUGAGCUUUUCCAAAACUGGAUCAUUAGUGUCCCUACUUCUGUCUGUGUCAUGACGUUACCAUCAGGGAGGGGGCCAGGGUGGGUUGCGGCAGUUUUGGGAUGAGAUUGGGGUGUUAGUGAGCAGGUAUGGAGGUCAUCUUUAAGGGCUGCAGGGGUGUCAUCGAUGUAUUUUCAUUGCAGUGGUAACAGCAGUGUUUUCUCUGUUUGUUAUGUCUUUAUUAAAAGUUUGGGGUUGCAUGACACACAACCAGGCAUGCUCAGUGUACCAGGGGCUGAUGGAAAAAAAAUUAAAAUUCUGUAUCAGGGUAGCAUUUAGCUAAAAGGCGACAGGGUUAUUGGGCCUCACGCAAGAACCAAUCGCACUGACAGAUUUGUAAGUAAAAGUUUGAAAUUCCCAAACUGCUCCCAAUGUAUAGCCUUCUCUUUUAUAUGUAUGACAUAAACAAGUGGUGUUUUCUUUCCCAAAACAACUUGUCCAUGUCAUAGUUAUAAGGGCAUCUGGACUUGGUGCUUUGAGGGUUUUUCGUCUGUCAUUCCAGAGACUUCUUCAGCGAACGGUUGGGAAACCCAGCUAUUUAACCUCUUUGUGGUUGUUGUCAAGAUGAUCGAAAUCCCUUUGUUCAUUCGGAACUGAAUAAGUUUCUCGUUUGAGAGCCAAAAAGUCUUUGGAGCACCUUUAAUCAAGUCGCCCUUGACUUUUAUCGGCAGGGU